UUAAUGUUAAAUAUAUGCUGAGUUUCGAUAAAAAAUCUGUAAAAAUAUGUAGGGGUGGUAUUUAGUUAACAUGCGUGGGGAAUGUGGACCAAAUCUCCCCAAUCCACCGUGUAUAUAGUGCAUAAAUAAUAGAAUGAUAUUUACUUUAUAUAGGUACGUUAGGGAAGGCUAAAUCUUUGGUCUUUGACCUAAUCCAUAGUAGGUAGUUGGGCUGUAGCAGUAAGGGUGCCUAUGGCAUGCAAAAAUAUUGAUUUUUGCAAAGGUUGCUCGGUAACCUUUCUGUUCGUGCAAUAUAUUUUCAAUCAAGGUGAGAGACAUGCCAAUUAUAAAUUACACUUAUAAAAUGAUUUGGCUCUGAUCUAAAUGAAAUUUCUUUGAGGCAUAAGUUAAGGAUUACGUAUGAAAACAUCAAGGCGGUAGGCGGAGAAUUUUUAUCUCUUCACUAAAUUAAACUUUGUAAAUAAAACAACCAUAUCCCUUGUUUGAACAGAUGUCCCUAUUCUACCGCGUUUGAUUUCCCAAAGAGAAAAACUUUGUGCGUGCAUCGUAAAAAAAUAACGCAACUGAAGUCCAAGGACAAGUUUCUAAUAUUAUGCAAAUCAUGAAAUAUGAAAAAAGUUGUGUUUGCGAAGGCGUCUUCAAAGGCGGUCAAUAUAGGAAUUUCAUCUCGUUUAGUACACGUGUUUGCUUAUUUUUUAGUUACUGAUAAGUACUCAUUUAUUAGAUAACGCUCUCAAAAUUAUACUCACUGAAAACGAAGGAUACAUCUACACAAUUGCCGUUUUUGGACGCAAACUUCGAAUAUUGCCGCGCGCAGGUAACAUCAAAGUCACAUGCCAAUAAUAAUAGUCGAUGAUCGACACUAAAAGUAACGCCCACCUAAUAGUAAUUAAAUAAAAAUUAGGUUUACUUCAAUUACACUAUGUACGAUAAACCGCUACGGCAAACUUAUACUGAAUAUCAUAAAACUCGCGCUAUACGAUUACACACCACACGUGACCUCAAUAACUGUCCAUUGUAUAAUAGUAAAUGUUUGGCACAGAUUUUCAAACAAAACUUUUUGUGCCCAUAUUUGCAAAGGUGCACCUUCCACUUCCGAGUUUGGUGCGAAACGUCCGAAAGUGAAAUGGGCCUGGAAUUUUAAAAUUACGACGCCUAUAAUUUAAAAUGCACGCGGAAGAGCCCAAAUUUUACCUCAAAACUCUUGUAAAUUUUAGUUUUGGGUAACCGCGAGCACAUAUUGGGGACCCAUCUUACUUAUUUACAAGAUUUUUAUCUCAAGUUAAAUAUAACGUGUUCUUUUGAGGAAAUUUGGAGGGAAAAACACACGAUUUCAGGCAGUUCACGAACAAUUCUGUGUGUAUAUUUGCCUAUAGUUCAAAUUUACCACAGAUUUAAAUAUAUCUGUACAUUUACGUAGUGAAGAAACGCCAAAGAAAAGUAAUUAUCUCUGCUUAUAAUUCAGAACCUAUAUAAAGAUAAGCGACGGUCAGCUUAAAAGACAUUAAUACAAUAUGCAAGGUUAGAUUAAGACAAUGAGUCUUUUUUUAAUUAGGUACAUGCCGAGGUGUAUAAUACGCAACUUUUACUAUUUUUAAUUAACGGUCGUAUGCAUUAUGCAUUAUGUUGUUCAGUACAGUCCAGGUAUUGGUUUUUCCCUAACAAAACUGUGCUUUUUUUCUGAGAGGCUGAACUGAAUCUGAAUUUCAAAUUUGCGAACAUGCAGAAGGUCGACUUCACUAACACAACAACCUUAAAAUUUUCGCCCCUUUUAAUUUUUUUUCCUACGUAAAUCUUAGACUCGAAAAAUGCAUAUUUGGCCAAAAAACUUCCGCAAUGCGAACUCUCUUAAAGAGUCCGCAACACGAAAUUCGUUAUUUGUGUCGUCGCUGUUGUAUAUUUUAACUAUUACGUGUUGAGUGUGUUAGAUGGUGCCUAAGCAACCCAAAACAUUAAAUUUCAAAUGAACCGAGGGUCGUAAAUGUUUCCUUUGGUAACUACGCUCAAAAAGUCCCCACAAGUUCUGAUUUGCACGAAAUUAUCCGUCCAAAAAACCAUUGAGGUUUGUUUUUUGUUGGCUCUUAAAGGAUUUUCAAGGCUUAAAUUAAACCCCUCACGAGUUUUCAACAAACCUUCGUGAAUCGUGAGUCGUUAUUAGAAGCAAGUAAAAGCCUUUGUUAGCUUUUCAGAGCUUUAAGACUUUUUUAAAGAUAUGAAUUAAAAUUCAUAUAUUUUAUUGCUCUUAGAGUCUUACUUAGGCACCAAAUGUCUGUUCUCUGCUAGUUUUAAAUGGGUUUCACAAUCCACAACCAUUUAAAGACACUAACAUGCCUUCAAAUUUUGUUAGAGUUCCCUCAAUGACUUUAAGAGCUUUUAAUUGUCUUUAACAGUAUUUUUAAUAUUAUAUUGCGCUUUUGUCACUUUAUUUUGUGAUGUGCUCAGGAAGAGUUGGAAAAUAAUAAAGAAUGGACCAGAAAGUGGAUGUUGAGAAGAGAUUCAGGCGGCGCAGCAUCUCAGUUGCUCAAAGGAUUCAGAAUCGAAGACCCAACGGAGUAUAAAGCUCUUCUCACAAUGUUCCCUCAAACUUUUGAUAAAAUAUAAAUCAAGUGGGACCGCGUAUCACAAAAAAUGGUCCUAUUACGAGAGAGAAGGUGACAUUAGUAUAUCUCGCUACCGUAACCCAACUGUCGGCCGCAGCAGUUUCAGUUCAUUUUGAACCAGGUAAAGUACAGAAGAUGUCAUUAUACAAAAAUGCAGUUGAGUAAACAGGUAUUUGUGCACCUUUAUUCAAAUAUUGACAACACCUUUUCGAUAAAUUUGUUUACAUAAUUAGUCCUUGAUCGAUAUUGUCUAUUGUGUUUAACAGUACAUGAAUAAAAUAUGCAAAGAUAUGAAGAGGAUAGAAAUAUACCUAGGACUGUGUGUUGUUGGUAAUCUAACCAUUUGCAAUAACACUGCAAUGCAAAUUGACUGUAGAGGCUUAACUUUUCGGUUUCAGGUGUCUUAGAGACCUUUAAGCAGCUUUUAUACAUCCUUGACAGUAGGAGAAGAGGUUUCAUGAGUUUCUAAGAGCUUUUGAGUUGUUUGCUACAAUCUAUUAUGCAUACCUACUUAUACAGGGUGUCCCACCAGGAACAGGUUCCUUAGGUGAAUUCGUGGCGAAAUGUCCUUUGACCAUCGUUAUCGAGAUUUUUUUCAUUGAAUAACAUUAUGUAUAUGCUGGUAUAAUAAAAUAAAGCUAAACUUGAAUUCUGCAAAUAAAUUACCCAUCUGCGGUCCUGGAAAAUGGAAAAUGUGUCCGAUACCAACAGUUUUCAAUUUUUGUAUGUGUAGUGUAUUGUAUUCCUAAUAAAAAAUGCUAUAUAUUCAUUACAGUAUGUACUUCUUUUACGGGCCAAUUAAGAAAAUUAAGUUUAUGAUGAUUUCUCGACACUUUAUAUUGAAAAUCUCUCAACGACGUUUUUUUAUUUUUUUGUAUCUGUUCAACCAACAUCAGAAAAGAAUAUAAACAAAAUCGGCAAAUUUCGGUGUUUCUGGCAUAUCUUCGGAAAUAAUCCGAAUUUUCUGGUUUUCUUUACAGCAUCAUAAUAACUGUUUAAUUGCGCAACUUUUCCCUAAUUUGACCAUCUUCGUAUCUUCUAUGGUUUCCGAGAUUCGCAUGUUGGUCGAAUUUACCUUUUAGGGGGAACGAAUAUUCGUUGGAGCAUCUGGUGCGAACUAGCCCUCAUUGAAGGUGAAUAAUUUCGCGAACAUAUUUUCCUAAGGUGAACCUUGAGAAUUUACCCCAAAUUGUACAUUUAUUAAAACUUCUGUUCUAUAAAUCCGGUCGCAGAGUAGAAAGGUCAUUAAUUUAAGAAAUACAACAAUGCAGCAACAUCUGCCGUUUAUGAAGUAUGCACUUGCACAAGAGAAGUAAGUGUUAAAAAUGACAAUACCAUAAGAUCCAUAACCUACGCUUAUAGAAAAUAUUUAGUAUUUAAUUAUGAAAAGGGCCAGGAAUUUUUAACGAUGAAAGAUCUACGAAAAAGAAAGUCUAUUUAAGAGAUAUACGACCGGGUACUUUCUAAUUUGUCUAAUAACUUUGAGAUCUAAUUUUAAAGACGUGGCCAUAACUUGACGUUCGUAUGCAUCGAGCUUCCCAACAGAAACUAAUUUAUUCGAAAUUUCUCUCCUCAGAUGUACACAUAAAAUACUUACCUAGCCUAAUCUAUAAUGGUAUUUAUGUAACGUUGGUCCCUGACCUUCAUUAUUGAUAAAAGACAAAAACUUUCUUCUCGUUGUUCAAAUCCAAAACGUUUUAAAGCUGGAAAAAUUCGACAAGUAAUUAAAUUCUUUUUUUACUCGCAUUUUUUUGAAUAUAAAAUAAAGGAUGGGACGCGGAACUUACCUACUCCACCUAUCGAAUAUAUGCGUGCGUUACCAAGAAAAUAAAAAAGUAUAAGACAAGCAUCGUCGUUUAAAACAGCCCUGACCAGACACAAUUACAUUUUUUUGUAUAUGAUAUUUUUUUGGCUUUGCUCGUUUUAGAGUUCCAUGACCGGUCCAGCUCGAAAUUCGUGGUUCCUAAACUCUUAAAUGUUGUAGUGGUCAGUUCAAGCCUUGUUUACAGUAUAAUAUAAAACGGGCAUGCACCCAUUAAUGCAUUUUUAUCUUUCGUGUUAUAAGUACAAUCUUCGAAAUUAUCUAUGUCACUUUUUACUUAUUUCAAAUUCUAAGACAUAACAAUGAAAAUGUUGCGUAAGAAAUUCUAAGCCGUAAGGUAGGUUAAAGGUGACACAAAAAUAGAUUUCAAAUAUUAUUAUUAACGUAAACAAUUUUUUUUGUCAAUGAAUUACGUAUAUUUACAAACUGGCGCAGUUACGAAUGCAAUUCGCGUCACCGCUAGGCCUCGACGCCUGGAUUUUUGGCGGGAGUAACUUCUGGAGUGCAAAAAAAUUGACUACGACAAAUAAGAAAAAUCUACUUGUUGGUUACCGCUGUAUUUGAAAAAGAUGAUCUGGUCCAGGUGCCCCCUCUUUACUAUAAAAGAAGAUGCUUCAAAAGAAAUGUCUAGUUGUCAUUACGGGGUUACAAACGUAACUUUAGUAGGUACCUAUCCCCAAAAAUGAACCAGGCAUUACUGUACUCAAAGUACAACGGCUUGCAGAAGAACGACGCAAUCUACGUUUUAGACAAUUACUUCGACUUAAUUAAGUGGAGAAAGGACGCCAGCAUUUUGGACGUCGGUUGCGGCGCCGGUGACGUUAUUCGCGAUUUGCUGCUGCCGCGUUUACCAAAAAAAUUUGAAAAAUUAGUCGGCGUCGAUUUAUCCGAGGAGAUGAUCGAGUUUGCCAAGAAUAAUUGCCAAAAUUCGAAGAUCGCAUUCGAGCACAUGAAUAUCGCGACUGACGAUAUUCCGGUUGAAUUUGAAGAAAAUUUCGAUCACAUACUUUCGUUUUACUGCUUGCAUUGGGUCCAAGAUCAAAGGAAAGCCCUCGCGAAUAUUUAUAAAAUGUUAAAGGAAGACGGCGACGUGCUUUUAGCAUUUCUGGCUAAUAACCCGAUAUUCGAAAUUUAUCAGUCGCUUUCCAAAAAAGGUCGGUGGGAAUCUUACAUGGAAAAUGUGAAAAACUACGUUUCGCCGUAUCAAUAUUCGGAAAAUCCCGAUAAGCAGCUGGAGGAAAUUUUGCUCGAUGUUGGGUUUGAUAUUGACAUUUGUAAAACUGAAGACAGAAUUUACGUUUACCCCAACGUGGCGGUAUUAAAAAAAUCGAUAACGGCGGUCAGUCCAUUUUACAGCCAAAUACCGUCGAAAAUGCAUGAAGAUUACCUAAGCGAUUGCGUUAAGGAGGUGAAGAAGUUGCAUUUAUUUGACGAAUGCGACAACAAUAAUGAGCAACGCGUCCAGGUGCCCUACAAGCUGUUUGUGGUUCACGCAAGCAAACGUUCUCCAUAAACUGAAACCGAUGUUUUACUUCAAUUACGUACCUACCUAAGGAUGACCACUUGUCCCGUUUGCUGGUGAACCAGUUUAUAUUUUCGAACACAAAUGGUUCUAAUUGUGCAAUACGAAAUUGAACUUGUGGUGAAUAAUAUAUUGUUAAUUGUAGAUAAAGAUUUAUGGAUGUUAAUCGUUGUAGCUUUUACUUUUAUAUAUACAUUAUAUACCUUUCUA